AUGUUACGACAAGAUAAUAAGAAUUCAGAAAUGUCCAAAGUAACAACAACUGAUAAAGAUUGCCCAGAGACUGAUAUCAAGAAAGAUGAAGAGUUGAUUUUGAAGGAGAUGGAGGAAGCACAGGACACCCUAAAGCAAUUGCAGGAUAUUUUACAAAAAUUGUAUUACACAGAAGAUGAUUCUAACAACAACUAUCCUGUAUCAGAAGAGACUGCUGAAGACAGUGUAAGCUCAGAAGAAUGGCUGACAAAGUUUGGCUUGAAGCCACAUAAGCUCCUCUUUCAUGAUGCCCUAGCAGAUUGUGCCUUUCGCCAUAGUGAUGGUGUUGUGGAUAUUAAGACCAAACCAGAGGAUGAGUCAGUGCAAACA